UUCCCUUCUCCCUCUCUCACACAUCCAUCCACACACACAAAAAGAAAUGUCUCUCACCGUGAGCAGCGGUGGCAGAGUCGCUAGGAUCCACUCCACAGACCUCACCGAUGCUUCUCGCACUCCCUUCUCCACCUUCAAACUCAUAAACUUCCCUUACCCGUCAAGAACCCGUCUCCACGUGGUCUCCGCCGCCAAAAACAACUCCUCCCAAACCGGUCGGUUCGACAGCAAAAAACGUCGAACCCUCGUCCCGACAACAACCAAGGAACAGACGGAAGAACAAAGCAGCAACAUCGACGGCACACCACCGUCUCAGAUCGAAAUCGCCGGCGACGGCGGAGAUAGGUUCGCGGUGAACACUCGCUUCAGAGGUGAUCCGAAAGACGCGCCCAAGUUCUUGCUUAAGGAUCUUCCUGGGCUUGAAUCUGAUCCAUUCGAAGGUCCCCAGUGGGAUGGUUUAGGGUUCUUCGUUCAGUACUUGUGGGCUUUCGGAAUCGUUUUCGCGUUAAUCUCCGGUGCAAUUGCGGCGGGGACGUAUAACGAAGGUGCGACGGAUUUCAAGGAGACGCCGGUUUAUAAGGAGGCGAUGGAGUCUCGCGACCUUCUGGAUGAGGCGGAGGGUUCGAACUCGGAAGAUGUUUUUGAGUCCAAUCCGACAGAAGUGGCGCCUAGUGUGGAGUAGUUUCACUUUCAGUUCAGUGUUUUGUAAAAGCCAUAUUAGAAGUUGAUCAUGAGCUUCUUGUGUUCAUAAUUUUUACAGAAUCAAAGCGAAAAAGCCAUUAUUAAACAAGAGAGUAUUGUUUGUUUUUUUUCGUUGUUCUGUUUUCUUGAUUUCAUUUCAAGAACUGCAAAGGUUAAGAAAUAUACAGAAGAAUCUCUUCUUUGA